AUGCUAGAUACCAGAACAUUUUCAUAUAAGAAAUAUUUAACUGAAGCUGUCAUAGCUUUAGCAUGUGUGUUUAUUUUUUGUGAAUAUUUACUAUAUUACCUUGUGCUUAUUCAGUGUGCAUGGCCAGUUUUGGAACCACAUAAAACUGAUACAACAAUUACUGAAUCCACAUCAGAAGAAACUCCGGUACAUGCAAUGUUUAUAGCAGAUACUCAUUUAUUGGGCUCAAAAAAUGGACAUUGGUUUGAUAAAUUAAAAAGAGAAUGGCAAAUGUAUAGAGCAUUCCAAACUAUGGUUACUCUUCAUAAACCAGACAUAAUUUUUAUAUUAGGUGAUUUAUUUGAUGAAGGACAGUGGAGUAGUUCAGCAGAAUUUGACCAAUAUAUACAAAGAUUUCAUUCAUUGUUUUCAGUACCUAAACACACUCAUCUUUAUGUUGUUGCUGGAAAUCAUGAUAUUGGAUUUCAUUAUGCUAUUACACCAUACUUAAAUCAACGAUUCGUAAAUGGUUUGAAGUCACCAAGUGUGAAAAGAGUUAGUAUUAGAGGGAAUCACUUUGUCCUAAUUAAUAGUAUGGCAUUGGAAGGAGAUGGGUGCUUUUUGUGUCGUCCUACAGAAAUUGCAUUAAAUAAAAUUUCCACACAUUUAAAAUGUGCUAAAGAUAUGGGAAGUAGUUGUAACAAAGAUAAUGCAAUUUCGAGAUACAGCAGACCAAUUAUUUUACAGCAUUAUCCAAUGUAUCGUGAGUCUGAUGAAAUUUGCAAUGAACCUGAUCAAGCACCAGAUGAAAUAAAAGAUAUAAAAUUUAGGGAACGAUGGGAAUGUUUAUCAAAGGAAGCAUCUGAGCAACUUUUAGAUAUAUUGAAUCCAAGACUGAUCAUUAACGGUCAUACUCAUCAUGGUUGUAGAAGAAUACAUAGAAAAGAUAUAUUAGAAUUUACAAUACCAUCUUUCAGUUGGCGUAAUAAGGAUAAUCCUUCACUUUUACUAGGUGUAUUUACCCCCAAUAAUUAUUCUGUAUCAAAAUGUUACAUGCCUGUGGAAUCUACAGAGAUCAAAAUUUAUGUUAUCAGUGUAGUGUGUAUAUUUAUAUAUUUUAUCAUAAAAUGUAGAUUGAAACAAAAUCGAUAUUAUCUUUUAAAGUUUCAUUAAAGACAUGUUUCUAUUUAUUAGUAUUAAUUUAAAAAAGUGCAGUAAGUAGAUUAUAAAUAAUAAUUAUAAACAAACUAAAACAUAAAAAUAUAAGGCUCAAAUUAUUCAUAUUUUUAUGCGUAUCUUCAUAUAUAUAAAAUAAAAAUAUUAGUUACAUAUUAUUUACACUAUUCAAAGUAUAAAAUAUUUAUAUUAUUUAUUCUCAUUAUUAUAUUAAUCAGAUCAAUAGCACAUCUCAACUGCAUUAAAUUAUUGAAUACUAUUUCACUUUACAUACUCCAAUCUUCUUUUCAUUAUUUUAUCAAACUACUCUAUUGGAAAGGAAAAUGUGUAUAAAUACAUAUAACACACUAUAAGAAUAUUAAAAAUCACAAAUAUAAUCAUUGCAACAUGUACAAAACUUAUAUCUGUCUUAUAUAUUUAAUCAGCCAAUAUCAAAGAUCUCAUAUAU